GCCGACUUCCUCCGGCACAGAGAACCGUUGAAGAUCGUCCUGGAAACAUCUUCUCUCUCCACCUUUCCGACGAAAUAUUUAAAUAGUGCGCUCAUACAUUCGGAUCAGUCUCGCUACACCUUUGCAAUCGGACAAACAAUCAUCUUCGAGUUCUUCGAUACUCGUUCAUUUGGAUACGCCUAUCUUUGAUUCCUUUACACAACAACUCAAAAAGAUGAAGCGACGACUUAAUACCUGGCUCCUUCUGGCCGCCAUUUUGAUCCAGAGUGUCUACACCGAUAAGACAUCUGACUCUUCGAUCCUUCCUGCAGAACACCGCGGUAUUGAUAUCAACCCAAUCCCGCUAGGAGCUGCUUCCAACAACAACAAACGCCAGAUCCCACUUCCGCCCAACUACAUCCCAUCCGGCCCUGGACUGCCCCCACCUAAUGGCGCCGGACUUGCAAGCUACCCACCCCAGGGUAGUCCCAUUGGACCGGCUCCCGAAGAUCAGUGGCCCAUCGGUCAGCCAAGCGACCAGCCCCAGAUCAAGAAUUUGCAAGUCCAGUGUGAAAAGACGCACAUGCGUGUCAACAUUGAAUUCGACCGCCCAUUCUACGGAAUGAUCUUCUCCAAGGGACACUACAGCGAUUCCAACUGCGUUCACGUCCGCCCUGGAUCUGGUCAACUUAGCGCCACCUUCGAUGUUUACCUCAACACUUGCGGAAUGACAUCCUCCGCCAACCAGGCUGCUGGCGGUGCUGGUUACGGAGCUCCUUCACCGGCCGGAACUUUUGUGGAAAACACAAUCAUCAUCCAGUACGACCCACUCGUCCAGGAAGUUUGGGAUCAGGCUCGUCGCCUUCGUUGCACAUGGUACGACUACUACGAGAAAUCAGUUACUUUCCGUCCGUUCGCCGUCGAUAUGCUCAACGCCGUCACUGCCAACUUCCUCGGCGACAACCUCCAAUGCUGGAUGCAAAUCCAAGUUGGCAAGGGACCCUGGGCUUCUGAAGUCAGCGGCAUCGUCAAGAUCGGUCAGACCAUGACCAUGGUGUUGGCCAUAAAGGAUGAUGAGAACAAAUUCGACAUGUUGGUUCGCAACUGCGUCGCUCACGACGGUCUACGCGCUCCCAUCCAGUUGGUCGACCAGUACGGUUGCGUCACUCGACCCAAGAUCAUGUCACGAUUCCAGAAAGUCCGCAACUUUGGCCAGUCUGCUUCUGUUGUUUCUUACGCUUAUUUCCAGGCCUUCAAAUUCCCCGAUUCCAUGAACGUACACUUCCAGUGCGUCAUCCAGGUGUGCCGUAACCAGUGCCCUGAACCCAAAUGCGAGGCCGGAGCUGCUGGACUUCCCGAUCUCGGCUACGCCGCUUCAUCCUCCAAGGUUGUCGGAGUCGAUCCUCGUGUUCCAGGAGCCGCUCCUCCCCAGCCAAUCCCAGUCAACCGAGGUGGAGCCCAAACCAACUACAAGACGGUCAACCGGGCCGGUGAAGCUGAUGACUCUGAGCCAACUCGCCAAUUCCUCGGCAAACCCCGAAUGGUUUCCGAGAACGCCACCGAUGGCAUCCGCUCUAGACGCAGCGCUGGCCAAGAGACGAUCCUUCACGUUUACAAACGCGACGCUCAGGAUAUGACGGACGUGCCCACCACUCGUUUCAUCCAGGUCGUGGCUCCCGGUGACGUCGCUUUCACUCUGAACCCCAACCAGAACGAAACUGUCGUCGUCCAGAAUUUGACCGACAUGGACGGCAAUCACAUUUGCUUGUCUGUGCCCAGCUUUGUCGGUGGAUUGACCAUGCUUUUGCUGGUCCUCAUCAUCGCCUCAAUGGUGGCCGUUUUCCUACUCCUGCGCGUUCGCCAGUUCGACGGAAAGGGUAAAUCCAGCAGCUCUUUGGCGUCGCUGGCUCACAUCGAGCACCCGGAAUUCGUCAAAGUCUCCAAUUCCAACUAGGAGAGAGAAAAACAAAUUUUUAAUUUUUGAAAGCUUUUGUCCGUCUACAUCCUUCCUGCUAUUUUGUUAUUUUUUCGAAUCCCUGGGGGGACCAAGCUAUCGGGGAAUGUCUUAUUAGAGUAUUAAUUUAUUGAAUUCUGAUGUUUCCUCCCAGUUUUCUUCUAUAGGGAACUGACUGCGGUGGGUGAUGAACGCCAUACUGAACGAUCACAAUUUUUUUUUAUUUCAAGAAUUGAAUGAAUGGUUUGUUCAAAGCAAAAAUUUUUUCAACAACAAUAAGACACAAUAGCUCAGUUAGAAAUUCAGUAGGGGAAGCCUCCAGUCACCUUUAUUAUUUUUUUGUCUGUUUCAUCAAAGAAGGUUUCCAGCCGAGCUAAAAAUACGCAGAGCCUUUUUUUAAACUUUUAUUUUGUUUGCGCGAUUCCAUUUCGUCCCCAGUAACUUAAAUCUCAUCCGCUCGAGUGGUUUGGAAAAAAAUCCUCAGAUGUGGUUACACGUAUAUAUCAUCUUAAUAUCCUUUUCAAGUAUUUUUUUUUUAUUUUAUAAUUUAAACAAAUUCCAACGUAAUAUAUCUGUCGUUCUGUUUCUAUUCCACAGUAAUUUAAAGCAGUUUUUUAAGUUAUUUCAUUUUCUAGUAUAUGAAAUCGGAGAGGUAUUUCUGAGGUGCAAAGGAACCGUCUCUGUGUGCGGGCACACUUACACACACGCACUCUCCACACUGUCUAUCCUUGAUUCUUUUAACAUAUCGGACAGGGCUUGUAAAUAACACACUUGCGGGAGAAGAACGACCUCCCUUACAUAUUUCCCUCACAAAAAACCCAUUUGAUUAACAUGAUUUCAUCUUGUGCUCUCGUCAACGUUUCUUGACAUUUGAAUGACGUGUGAUACCGAGAGAUAUACAGUAUGAUGAUGUGUAAUCCCAAGAAGCCCAUGUCAUUCUAUUGUAAUAAACAUUUCUGAUCCAACGUCA